AUGGCCGAAUACGUUCUCUACAACUACACGCCGUCUUUGGCAGUCGCUGUGAUUGCGCUUCUAUUGUUUCUCGCAGCGACCAUCGCACAUAUCUUCCUUGCUAUCAAGCAUCGCCUCAAGUUCCUUAUUGCAUUUAUUAUUGGUGGCUUUUUUGAAACCAUUGGUUAUGCCGCUCGAGCAGUGAAUGCUCACCAAGCGCCAAACUACGGGACCAUGCCAUACGCCAUGCAGAGUGUUUUCAUUUUACUCGCACCGUCACUGUUUGCAGCAUCAAUCUACAUGGUCCUUGGUCGCCUUAUACGUCGAGUUGACGGAGAUUCGAGAUCUCUCAUCAAGUCUACGAAAUUGACGAAGAUAUUUGUUGUUGGAGACGUUCUGGCGUUUCUGGUUCAAAGUGGAGGUAUGUACCAUCACGAUUCUGAUCUCAUGUCAAGGAUUGUUGUUAAUCAAAGAUACGUAGGCGGUGCCAUUCUUACCGGCGCGAAAUCAGCAAGCAAGAUGAAACUUGGAGAAAACGUUAUCAUCGUCGGUCUUUUCGUCCAGAUCAUUUUCUUUGGAUUCUUCGUCAUUGUUUCGGUCAUUUUUCACAAAAGAAUUGUCGCCAAUCCUACUACGGAGUCGGUUACAUGCACUGUCAACUGGAAGCGGUACCUUUUCAUCCUUUACUUUGCCAGUGCUAUGAUAAUGAUUCGCUGUAUCUACCGCGUGGUCGAGUAUAUUCAAGGGCAAACCGGCGUACUCCAGAGUCAUGAGUACUAUGCAUACAUGUUUGACGCCUUCUUGAUGUUACAAGUCAUGGUCGUCUUUGUGAUCUUUCACCCUAGCCAGGUUUUGUCACGAGAUACGCCAAAGGUAGACGACACUGAGCUGAUUUAUCAGCGACUGAAUGAGUGA